AUGAACGUGCCGUCGACUUCGCGCCGUAUGCUCAGCUGCCAGCCUGCUCGUCGGGGCUUGGCCACGCUGAGCAGCUCCAACAGCGUGCGUCCCUUGAUCGCAUCGCUGCCACCACGCUCCAAGUACCCGCUUAAGCAGCCCGAACUCGCCGUCGACCAUCUCGUCGUAGGUGGCGGUGUGGUGGGACUCUCAAUCGCCGCCGCGCUCGCCAAACGAUGGCCCGAAAAGACCACCUACCUCGUCGAGCGCAACAAGUCCUUUGGCGAAGAGACCAGCUCGCGCAACAGCGAGGUCAUCCAUGCCGGCCUCUACUAUCCCGCCGACUCGCUCAAGACGCGCCUCUGUCUGCGCGGGCGCGAGCUCAUGUACGAGCGCUGCACCCAGCACGGCAUCCCGCACAAGCAGACGCAGAAGCUCGUCGUCGGCGGUGACCAUGCCAAGUCGUACCUCGAAAAGCUGCAGCAGCACUGCGCCUCUCUGGGCCCGUUGGCGCCGCCCACACGGCUCAUCUCCGGCAGCGAAGCGCGCGAACUCGAGCCGCACCUUUCGGACAACAUCGGCUGGGCGCUGCUGUCCGAGCGAACGGGCAUCGUGAGCAGCCACGAGCUCAUGGCCAGCCUCGAACGCGAGCUGCUCGACGCCGAAAAUGCCGAGGUGGUGUACGAUACAAAGGUUGUGCGCGUCGACCCGAGCGAGGUGCGCGCCGCGAGCACCAGCAGCAAGCGCGGCGACCACGGCUCCAACGACGGCUGGAUCGUGCAGACCGUCACGUCCGAGACGAGCGGCACCUCCAGCGAGGCGGAUGCGCUUCUGGCCAAGGUGGUGAUCAAUACGUCGGGACUCAAUGCGCCCAUGGUGCUCAACUCACUGCUCGCCGAGCUUGGGUCGGACGAAGCGCCCAUCCCCAUGUGGCACUCCAAAGGUAACUAUGCAUCCUACAAGGGUCGUGGCGCCGACGGCAUCCGCCACCUCAUCUACCCCGUGCCAGAUACGCGCAACAAGGGGACGCACGCCCACACGUCGCUCGGCACGCACCUCACGCUCGACCUCGACGGCAACGUGCGCUUUGGGCCGGACACCGAGUGGAUCUCCCCACCCGAGACCACGGCCGACACGCAGCAGGCGGUCGACUUUUGGAAGCACGCGCUGACCGUCGACGAGGCGCGCAUCGAGUCGAUGUACGCCUCCAUCACCGAGUACCUGCCCAACAUUGACAAGGCGGGGCUUGCGCCCGACUAUGCCGGCAUCCGACCCAAGCUGAUCGGGCCGGAGCACAAGGCGUUUAUGGACUUUCAGCUGCUCUGGCACAACUCGAGCGACUUGCGUGCGCAGCGGCUGUGGCAGCGCGCGCCCGGUCUGCCCAGUCCGAGCGCGAGCUGCGUCUCACCCGCAAGGCAGAGCGUCGACCAAAUCCACGGUGGCGCGAUGCUCAGCCUGCUCGGCAUCGAGAGUCCCGGUCUCACAUCGUCGCUCGCCAUCGGCGAGAUGGUGCGCGACAUUGUCGCCCAGAGCUUCUACAACGAGAACGCCACGCGCCAGCCCAGCCCAAACAAGGGCGCGCGCAACGAAGAACACGCGCAUCGCCUCGAUGCGUGGGCCUAG